AGCGGACGUUUCCGGAACUACACGCAGCUAAUAACAAAGCUAACAGCGACAAGAAGUCGUGCAGUUUUAAAGAUAACUAAACAAUAAUAAUAAUAGUUUCUCCGCAGCCAACCCGACACCGCCGUGAACCUCAUCGCUUUGCCCGGCCGGUGCUCAUGCCGGAGUCCAGGCUGCUGUCAUGUUGACCGGGUCAGGCUCUGACUUCCUCCGGGCUGACGAUGGUGUCGCUGGGACUCGCUAGUUUCGCCUGAGCUCCUCCAGGCUGCUGCCUCACAAGCUGGAUGUGGUUGGACUCUCAGCUCCGGAACGACAAUGCACAGUAGCGGAACACCCCAGGACCCUUCACAGGGUCCAGGCGAACGGGGGGAGCUGGUUCACACCCUGUCCAAAGAGUCUCCAGACGCCUCUGAGUUGGGGAGCCCUCGGUGUAUGCCACACUUUGACCUCCACAACAUGGUGGUUUCCUAUAAGAGAAUCACUCUGUUCUUAGAACCAGUUGCUGAAGCAAUGGAGCUGGGCCGCUUCCUGCUCGGAUGGAAGAUGCCGGUGUGCUCUCUGCUCGUGUGUAUAUUUCUUAAUGUCUUCUUCUGCACUGUGAAUGAAGCGGGCUGGUUCUCAGUGGCUGUGGCGUUUGUGUUGGCGCCUGCUGCCUUGGGUUACCGGCAGGACAGGUGUGGGGGCAGAGCCUCUGAAGCUGAGCUCCAGAAGAGGAGCUUUUACACUGUGCACCGCAGAGACCUGCAGACGGUGCAUCUCACCAAACACGAGGCCAUGCUGGAAGUAAAAGACCUGUUGAAGCAUUUAGACGACAUGUUGUCCUCUGCCUGUCAGUCAGCAGAAGCUAUUGAAAAGGUCCUGCACUGGGAUAAUCACACCAAAUCAUCAAGGUUCUAUGGAGUGAUGUUAAUAGUGGUGUGUCUGCUCUACCUUGUUCCUGUGGGCUGGGUGCUGGCUGGGCUCAACAGCGCCAUCUUCCUGUGCAACAGAGAAUUCUUCAGAGUUUUGUUGGACCUCAGAAAGUUCUUCCACGUGGGCCAGAGUAAGGCCUCAGAGGGUUUGUCUGAGGAACAGGAACAAAGAAAUCUGCUGGACAGGACCCCCAGCUCGACUAGUCUGGAGGACCUGUCUCCUGGCAGUGUAGAGGAGGCUGAGGAAGCAGAACCCGAUGAUGAAUUUAAAGAUGCCAUUGAGGAGGAUGACGAAGGGCCUCACGGGGCCCCAGAGUACGACACCAUCUCUGAAAAUGGCCUCUUAAGCCGCAACGAGCCAAUUCGCAGCAAGGUGUCCAAACUGACAGAGAAGCUGCGUAAACGCUACCCCACCAGCAGCACAGGCAACUGUUCGAGUUGCAACGCUGUCUUCUCCGUGCUGAAGAAAAGGAGGAACUGCAGUAACUGUGGCAACAGCUUCUGUUCCCGAUGCUGCUCUUUUAAAGUGCUCAGAGCUUGCAUGGGAGCAACCGCUCCAGAGGCACAGAGAGAGACAGUGUUUGUCUGUGCUCCAUGUAAUUCCUCUCUCAUCAAGUUACAGUGACAUUGCAUCAGUUUAUCUCCCGGUGGCCAGUGGAAGGUCCUUCACAAAGUUACUGUAGCCCCCCCACACACCUUGGUGUUCAUGUUAAGACACUAAAUGUCUGUUAAGAUACCUCCUAUGUUGGUCCUGCCUUUUCCCGUCAAAUCCCUCCUAAGCUACUUAUCAUUAUGGGACUUCUACUGUAAAAUGCUACAUAUUUCCUGUUUCAACUCUUGAAGAACUGGACCUUAUGAAUCAAUGAGAGUCAAGACAGGAAAUAAUAGUAUAAACCAAAAUCCAGGGCUGUGGUUUUCCCCUCGCUAGGCCGAAGGAAGUAUAAAGCAUGCAAGGUAUAGGCCCGGAUUGUACUGGUGGUGUUGGGUGAUAGUGGGAGUUUGACUGGAUGUCGGUGGUUUUGUUUUUACAUACCUUUUCUUGCCACAAAUUUGAAUCGACUUGAAUGUGGUUAUCUUUAGCCCGGUUGGCUGUUCAACUGUAACAUCCUGCCGAGAGAACGAACAAGACUAAGCUGCAACUGGAAAAACCAUGUGUUGUUUUUUAUAUUGGUGAUAAAUAUGAUGUUACGAGCUGGGCACUGCAGAAAACAGAAUUCUGUUUAUUUGGAUGAACAAAAUAAGAAGCUCUAGGUUCGGCUUUGCAUGCCGGCAAUUCAAAACCCUUUUUCCUCAAAGACUCGUUUGUUGUCCCCCAGUCCACAUCGACCUGUAGCUGGUCAGCAUCUCUGUGUGAUUAUUUCUGGGUUUGUCCAACUUUUCCAGGCCAGUGAUUUUGGUUGACUUCAUGUUUUAAUAAUUGCAUCUGCUCCUGCUGCAACCCACCCUGCUCUACACGGCUCCUGUGGGUAUGCAUGUUAUUUACCAGACCUCAAGUCCAGAGGUGAACCAUGCUAACGAAUCAAGGUGAAGGUGUACUGGUGGUUUGUGGAUGAGGACACGUUUGGUAGACGGCCGUAUUGUACUUAUUAUGAACAAAUUGCUUAAUUAUUCACCCUGAUUGUUGUUUAUUCCUGUGUAGACAUGUAAAACUGGCUUUCUUUUUGGAGCAUAGGGACAGCCUAGAACUCUGUAUCCCUGCAGCUCGAGCUUCUCCUUUUAACCGUAUCAAAGUCAAUCCAACUGGAUUCAAUUCAUCUGAACAGACUGAGAGACCAACUGAAACCAGCAUCAGAGCCUCACACUCUUGCAAGCGGGACUUAAAAGAAUCAAUGUGGGGCUUUGUAGCCCAGAAGUUCGGUCUUUGAUGGCAAACUGGCAAACCGAUGACAAAAGUUGUUUUAACGAUGAUUCAGACAAGGAUGAUUGUAAUUGUUUGCUUUGCUUUUAUUGAAAUCAUAUAAGCUGUUACUGUAAAUGUUUCUUCUAUAUCUAAUAUAUUUAAGUUAAAACUCCACAAAUGAGAAAUUAUUAUUUGACCUAUUGAUGAAUUCUGUAUAUAUUGGCCCAUAUUUUAUUGUUAAAACAAGCCAUUAUUGAAAUAAACUCGAUGAUUUCAUUAACUUAAA